AUGCAGGCGGAGGCAAUAAACGUUAUGGAUGUUCCCGUGGACAAAAGGAAGGAAGUCGCUGAUGCUAAGGAAAGAAUGAAAGGCUAUCAUCGCAGUGCGCAGGAGCGUUUCAUUAUUCUCAGUAAGGCUAUCGUGUUGGAGAUCCUUUGGGUAUUAUUUCAUGGGACAAACGCUUGUGCACCGUUGCCCACGCGUCAGCAACUUCUCAAAGGAGUAGAUCCCAAAUUUGGCGAGCGUCUGCUUGAUGAAAUGCUCGAUCGGACUGGAGUUCGCUUUUCCGAUGUAGCAGGUUGUGAAUCGGCCAAAGAAGCGCUCGAAGAGGCUGUAAUUUUGCCAGCCAUGAAUCCAGGGCUGUUCAGCGGUCUUCGUCAGCCUGUUAAGGGUAUUCUGUUGUUUGGACCUCCUGGUAAUGGAAAAACAAUGCUCGCGAAGGCUGUUGCGUCGGAAGCUCGUCAAGUUUUCUUCAAUAUUUCGGCGGCUAGUUUAACCUCAAAAUGGGUUGGAGAUGCAGAGAAAACAAUUCGUAGUCUCUUUCAAAUCGCUCGGAAUGCUCAACCUGCUAUUAUUUUUAUCGAUGAGAUUGAUUCUAUCCUAUGUGAUCGGUCCGAGAAGGAUACAGAAGUGUCUCGAAGAAUGAAAACUGAGUUUCUUAUUCAAUUUGACGGUGCAACCAGUAAUCCUGACGACCGAAUCCUUGUAAUUGGUGCAACAAAUCGGCCACAUGAACUUGAUGAUGCUGUGUUGAGACGUUUCCCCAAACGUGUGCUACUGGAUUUACCGGACGAAAAAGCUCGCCGCGUUCUCCUAAAAGCGACUCUUGAGAAACAUAAUAUGGCUGCCGGUCUAACUGAUUCUGACAUAAGAUGGAUUGCGUCGCAAACUCAUGGUUACUCUAACUCGGAUCUUGUCGCAUUGUGCAAAGAAGCGGCCAUGGUCCCGGUGAGAAGCAUAGAUCGUAAGAAGUUGGCAACUUGUGACGAGACUAAAUUGAGGAAUCUCAGGUGUUCCGAUUUCGAUCAAGCUUUAACGGUGAUCCGGCCUUCAUCAAAUGUCCGUACCCUUCAUGCCUUAGCGGAUUUCGCUAGACGAGCCGGACAGGGUGGGUGA